ACGAAGGCGUUGCUCCUGAUUGGUCAAAGCACACAGUUGGCCUGAAUCAUGAAUAUUUCAUUUUCUUGUCUGCAACCCCAUCAAACCAUGUCACGGCGCAGACUUUUUUUAACAACCUACGGAUCGGGCACGGGUUUAAAGCACGGCCUUCUGUAUAUUAGAUACAGUUCCCAUUUUAUCUUUUUUCUUAGAAUGAACUUUUAAAAUGGACAUUUCUCGCUAAUCGAUUCCAAUUGGGAGCAGAAUAUAAAAUAACUGUGCAGGCAUUACCGGAAUCUAUCCAUACUGAUGAACAAAAUGAUGAUUUUAGAAUCGUAAGAAUUCCAACUUUGCAAGACAUGUGUGAAACGAUUGGUAAAGGCUGCAAUUGGGAGUUUUGUUUACCAAUUGAAAAUGUGACAGUUGCAAACGACGUAGUUCCUCCACUCCUUUCGUGGCAUCCUUCCAAACUGUACAAGUCCCGUCAUGUUUAUGAAAUUAUAUAUACGAACGAAAAUAAGUCUGACACCGAUAGUUUUGUAGAGCCGACAGAAGACUAUACCCACCUUACAGAACUGAAAUACAAACAUAAAUAUUAUGUUCAAGUUCGACCGGUAUUUAUAUCUUCAAACGACCGUUACCACAGAAUUUAUGGAGAAAGAUCUGAAAAGAUUGCGUUUAAUAAUUUCGUUAAUCCAACUAAUUCCCACACUCCUAAUACCUCAUCUAAACAUACAUUGAAGAUAAUAAUCUCGGUCUGCGCAACUACGGCAGCAAUCCUAGUGAUUAUAUUCAUUUAUAUAAGAAACAAGUUAAAGAGAAAUCCGGAAAAUAUGAUACCAAUUUCCACCUCAGAAAAUUCAUCCAGAAAUGAAAAUUCAGUGCUGCUUGUUCAUGAUGGCCAUUGCAAGUUAUGUAACGACGUCACGCAUAUGUUUGGCAAUGUUCUUUCGGCAACAGGUCGUGUAAAGCCAUUUCUUGACUUAUGCUCGGUAAACGAGUGUAGACAAUUAGGAUUUACGUGGUAUUUGGAAAAAUUCCAACAAUGUAGAAAGGUUGUCGUCAUUUGUACAAAAGAAGCAAAGAAAACAUGGGAAGAUAGGAGUUGCAGAGGUUCAAACACUACUGGCCAUGCACAGUCCUCGUUUCAUCUGGUACUCAAUCUAAUUCUUGGGGAAAAAGCCCACAACAACAAUAACAUUCAGGUUGUCCCGGUAUGCUUUGACCAUUCGUCUAAAGACGACAUUCCAUGCUUCUUAAGGGACAGGCAAUAUUACUCCUUGCCGUCUGGAAUGAAACAACUGUUGUCGUGUCUUUGUGACGUUAAUGAAAGAAACAUAGGUGAUACGGCAGAAUAUGAACUUGAAUACACGGUGAAACUGCAACGGAAUAUAAGCAAUUUGGAAAAUGCGAUUAGUCGAAGUGUUAAAAAAAACCAUUGUUGUCCUAAAGGACGUUUUCUGAGGUCUUCAUCUUCCACGUCAGCUGAUGAACAAUACAGUUCACAGGUUUGAUCGAUGAUGCAGCAACUGUCCGCGGCAAUCUUAAUUCCUUCAUCCGGAGUCAUGGAUUAUACUUUGAUGAAAGAUCUAAACUAGUUGCAGUAAUUUCCUGAAUCAAUGCAGAAUGUUAUUGUCCUGGGUGAAACCAUAGUUGAAACGAACUAACUCAUCGACCGGCAACCUCGUACCCAGGAGGUAAAAAUAGGUUAAAAAUAGUGUGAUUAAUUCCAAAAUCGCACCAUUUUUGAGCAUUAAUCACAUCGUUUAUAAGCCAAUAAGAUUGAAGCUCUUCACCACAAUAAGUCAAUAACCAAUCAGAUUUAGUAUUUCAGUGUUAACUAUCCAAUUAAAUUACAGGGGAAAAUGGCACAAAAUUUGAUUAUUUUGAAUUUUUAAAUGCCCCGCAAAAUCUUUUGACAAAAAGAUAGAUGAAAAAAAUCGUUUUGAAUUUGUUUAAUUUUUUGUAUGAUUUCAAAAUGAAUAUAAUAAAGUGGAAAUUGCACUUUGUGUCGUGCAAUUUGGGUGUGAAAUCAAAGUUGUGAUUACAAAUCGCACUCCCACUUCGCGGUCGUGCCAAAUUGCGCUCCACUCAAUGCAAUUACCAUUAUUUAUCAGGAUGUGUGAUAAAUCAUUCUACCCACGCCCCACAGGCACGGCUUAAGUUAGACCUAACGAGAAAUCGCACGGUGGAGCAGGGAAGGUACACAUGCAUCUUUAUUAGUAACACUUUUAUAAUUAUAAAACACAUUAUUCCUGAUUUAAUCAGGAUUAAAUUUUGAUCAUACAUGCACGAUUUGGUAUAAAAAAUCAUAGCUUGAAGCGCAAAUUAAAAGAAGACAAUUCAGAGAAGUCCAUGCACUAUGCACGUUCAUACAGUUACAACGACCUAAUCUAAACCAUAGUCUAAAUGAUUUAAUAUUACCGUGACAAUACCAGUAAAUCAUCUUUUCAAGUUUAUGAGUGUAUUUGAAUAAUUUGAACACGUUAAAUAUAUUUUAUAGCAUAUAAGCAUUGUAUUGGACUUUGUACUUGAAUUGCAUGGAAGGCUAGCUAUAGCAUGCAUGCAGUGCAUGCAUGUUAUCGCAGUAGAAGGAAAAUGUUGCCCAAAAUUCGUUCGUCAACCUAGACUUUAUUUAUUUUGAUCUCAAUCUCACAAGUGAGAACACAAUAAAAUGACUGCGAUCAGCAGCUUUAAUUAUGCAUACCAGAUGCGUGAUUCAGUUGUA